AUGACUAUCAAUUCCACUACCGAUCUGGUAGGGACUAACAAGAAUCUUCAUCAUCCAGGAGUAAAGAACAUUCUCGUGACAGGAGGAGCCGGCUUCAUUGGAAGUUGGAUGUGCCGCCACCUGAUCCGCCAGUACGGCGACAGAUACAAUGUCGUCUGUCUUGACAGACUCAGCAGCGUCUCCUCUCUGAAUAACAUCAAGAGUAUCCAAGGACACCCUAGUUUCCAUUUCAUCAAAGGCAUCCUUAACAAUCAAGAGCAUCUGGUCGAGAUAAUGAACGAGUAUACCAUCGACAGCGUCAUCCAUUUUGCGGCGGAAUCAAGCGUCCAGAAGUCCUUCUCCGCUCCGUUGGAGUUCAUAGACUCGAACGUGCUUGGAACCUAUCAUCUUCUCGAGGCCAUGCGGUCGUAUGGGAAGAUUGUCAGGUAUGUUCAUGCCUCGACUGACGAAGUCUACGGAGAGACGCGCGGAGUCAGUGUGGAUGAAGAAACUCGCAUGAACCCGACGAACCCAUACGCCGCUAGUAAGGCGGCCGCGGAGAUGUUUGUGCUGGCAUAUCAGAAAAGCUUCAAGAUCCCAGCUAUGAUUUUGCGAUGUAAUAAUAUUUACGGGCCUUGUCAGUUUCCGGAGAAACUGAUUCCACUCUUCGCACUCCUAGUGAAAGAUGGAAAGAAGCUCACCAUGCAGGGUGAUGGAAGUCGCACCCGGAACUUCAUCUAUGUAUCUGAUGUCGUGGAUGCGUUUGACGCCAUUCUGCAUAAUGGCAUCGCUGGCUCUGUGUACAAUGUUACCUCAUCUGAUGAGGUAUCUGUCCGACAGGUGGCGAGCGAGAUCUUGAAGGUAUACGGGUAUGACACCCCGGGCGACUUUGACAGCUGGGUGGUUUCCAUGCCGGAUCGCCCUUUUAAUGACAAUGACUAUGUUGUCAAAGGUGACAAGCUCAGGAGCCUUGAGUGGGAUCAGCGUGUCUUUUUCAGGGAGGGUCUCGCUCGGACUGUGGAAUGGUAUAGGGAGAACGGUAAUGACUGGUGGAAAAAGGAGCUCAGCCACUCGACUUUUUGA